UAAUAAUAAUGGUGAAGGAUCUAGCAGAGAUGAAGAAAAUUCUAUUGAUAAAUUUUUAAAUUUGGAAAAAAAUGUAGAAAAUAAUCAAGAAAAUGAGUUUUAUGAAGCUAAUCAACUUAGUUAUAUCAAUGAUUGGAAUUAA